CUAAUAUGAUUGUAUUUUUUUUUUUGCUUAAAAUGAAUAUUUGUGGUAUGUACUUAAAGACAUGAGUACAUACUGAGUGCCAAAUCCCAAACACUGAGUAUGACUCUCCCGUCUCCGCCAUUCACCGGAUUCGAUUCUGUUCAGAUUUGGCGAGCAGAAAAUCAUUGAUUUUGCUGGGUAAUGCGGAGUACGAUUUUGCUUUGUCUGACAACAAUCGAGGGAUUCCAGGGGUUAGGUUUUGAGAAGAAAGUUAGGGUUUUUAAUUGAAGUUAUUCAGUAUCAUUGAUGUGAAUCUUCUAUUAAGAUGGAGAGUAACAAGGAAGAAGCUUUGAGGUGCUUUGGCAUCGCUAAAGAAGCAAUUGCAUCUAGGAACAAAGAAAAAGCUUUGAAAUUCAUCAAAAUUGCACGCCGGCUUAAUAAGAAUUUACCCGUGGAUGAUCUUCUUGCUGCCUGUGAAAGCAUCGAUUCCUCGGAUCGAGGUGCUUCGAGGAGCGAAAGAGAUGUCUGCAAUACAGAGGAUGAGAGGGAUAAAGCCAAGGUGAAUGAGGCUUCAAAUGGGAGUUUGAAUUACACUGAAGAGAAUGUGCAGUUGAUUAGGCAAAUCAAGACGGAAAGGGACUAUUAUGCAAUCCUUGGCGUGGAGAAGAGUUGUUCGGUUGAUGAGAUCAGGAAAGCUUAUCGGAAGUUGUCCUUGAAAGUUCAUCCAGACAAGAAUAAGGCACCGGGUGCUGAGGAGGCGUUUAAGACUGUUUCCAAGGCAUUUAAGUGCUUGAGUGAUGAUGAGUUGAGGAAGCAGUAUGAUCUGACAGGAUUAGUUGACCAGUUUGAACAUCAUGAACAGUAUAAUAAUGUCAGGCAAAGGAGGAGGAGAACCGGGAAUGAUAUUUUCGAUGAUAAUUUUGAUCCUGAUGAGAUCUUCAGGGCAUUCUUUGGUCACUCUGACUUGUUUAGAACAGCUCACGCUUAUCGGACUAGAGCUUCGGGCCCAGCCCAAAGAGAAGAUUCAGGUAGAUCUGGCCCUAACUUCCUCAUCCUCCUCCAGAUGCUGCCAUUGUUGCUGAUCAUCUUGCUUGCUUACAUCCCGUUUUCAGAGCCUGAGUAUUCUCUGCAGAAGGGUUACUCCUAUCAGUUCAGGAAGAUGACAGAGAAACACGGAGUAGAGUACUUUGUCAAAUCGGCUGACUUUGACCAGGACUACCCUCCUGGCAGUGCUGUUCGGGUUAAAAUGGAGGACCGUGUAGUAAGGGAUUACAAGAAUGUGAUUGGUCGUUACUGUCAUAUAGAACUUCAAAGGCGGCAAUGGAAUCGGAAUUACCCGACUCCUCACUGUGACAGGCUUCGAAGUUUUGCAGUGGCAUGAAGGUCUUUGCAGUGCAAUAUGGAGCUCUCACAUGGCAACAAUGUCGUCACACAUGUGAUUGGAGUGAACGGGUUUUGCAGGCAAGGAGGAAGGAGCUCACGUAGGCGUCAUGUUGCUCUCGCCACUCACAGCCACACCAUUGUAUCAUCAUAUUUGCAUAGUCUUUCAUACGUAAGUAUACUCUUGUUUUCUCUACUCAUUUAAAAUAUGCAUAGAUUAUCAAGUGCCUCAAGACCUUCCUGGAUUGUGUUAUAUAUAGUCAUAAAAAGUGUGGAUUUUGUUAUUGAUCAAAUAAAGUUUAUUAUAUGUU